AAGACGAUGAUUACGAAGAGGCAGAAAUAUCGUACGAAGAAGUAAGUGUUGAAAGCAUUGCUGUCGUACAACUACUGCAAUCAUUCCGGAUCUCGAUAGACGUAAUAAACAAGUUUCUUGCAAAUGGAUAUGAUUUGAAAUCUCUCCGAGUUAUUGAACGAAAAGAAAUUGAGGAACUUCUUUGUGAACCGUAUCUUGGAGAUAGGACAAAAGUUAUCCAUGGAUUGAAUGUAUGGCGAAAAUCACAAAACCUUCCUCCCGUAUCCUCUCCGCUGAAAUCUGUUCAAAAUGUAAUUCAGAGUAAACAACAUCCAGAGAUUAUGAAUCGAGCUAUGGAUCGAGAAAAUUAUUCAGCACGAUUCCUCAUUCAUAUCUCGGCCAAAGGAAAGCAAAUCCUCACGAACUACAACUCAUCAAAAAUUCUCACAAAAUUACAAAAGAAAAUCAUAACUCAUAUUGUCGUAGACGAAUUUAAAGAUGUUUUUGGCAAACUCUCACAUAAUGAGCUUCUGAGUCGAGCAUCCGAGCUGAACGAACUUUUUCCAUCAGAAUCAAAGGAGUCUUGGUACCAGCCAACUUUUUCGUUUGUCGGCGGGAAAAAGACUAGAAUAGGUCGUUUGCCAAAAGGUUGCCUUUAUGACCGUAACUGCAAUUAUACUAUUCCGAAAGUCUCGCUGCGAAAGUCUAACGAUAGUGAAAAUAUUACACCGUUAUGUUCGCCUUCUGAAGCUGAAUGGGUUGAAUACCAACAAACGAAAACAUGGAUCAGGCACCAUGAAGACGAAUGGCCAGCAGUAAUGCAAAAGUGGGCAUUAACGAGCAUAAUUCGAUUGUAUGAGAUUUCAAAAUUGGAAAAACGAACGUGUGGUUUGAUUUUGGAUUUAUAUCCGACACUGCGCAGUCCCGACGGAUACCAACUGGGACAAAUUGAUUUCGAUACAAAGUUCCCGACCAAAAGCUCUGCAUUAUUCGAGAAAUGGAAUUCUUUCAUCGAAUCGCUCAAGCCUAUUCUCGUUGCCGAUGUGAGCGAUAAAAGCGCAAAACUAUUCUAA